UCAACUCGGAAGCAGAAGGAUGUGGCUGAUGGCAGUGUUAGUUCCUCUUUUGAAACUGUAUCUAUGCGGAAUCAAAGUUCUUAUCUAUCAGAUAUUCAACAGAUCUUUUACGCUACCAGUCUUACCCAAGCAAAAUGGAAGGGUUGCCAUUGUGACUGGGGGUACCCGAGGAAUGGGUUUUGAGACAGCGAGACACCUGGCAAGCCUGGGCAUGCAUGUUAUCCUAGCUGGGAACGAGAGAGAAGAGGGCAGAGCAGCCGUCAGGAAGAUUGAAGAAGAAGGCGGCAAUGGGAAAGCUGAGUUUGUCUUCGUGGAUCUGACCUCGCUGAAAUCUGUGCGACACUUUGUCCAAAUAUUCAAAGCCCGAGGUCUCCCUCUCCAUGUUCUGGUUAACAACGCGGGGACCAUGCUGGUUCCUGAGAGACAGACAGAGGACGGCUUUGAGUUCCACUUUUGUCUCAACUACCUCGGCCACUUCCUGCUGACCAACCUGCUGCUGGACACGCUGAAGAAGUCAGGACGACAUGGCUGCUGCUCCCGCAUCGUCAACAUGUCCUCUGCAACGCACUACGCUGGAGUUAUACAAAUGGAUGACUUAAACAGGAGGAACUGCUACAGUUCCCACGGUGCCUACUCCCAAAGCAAGCUGGCUCUGGUCCUCUUUACCUACCACCUGCAGGAGCAGCUGACAGCCGGCGGCUUCCCGGUGAUCGUCAACGCUGUGGACCCCGGAAUGGUGGACACUGCGCUGUACGACAACCUGUGGACCCUUGCUCAGCUGCUCAAGAAGCCCGUGGCCAAAAUAAUAUUCAGGACUCCAGCAGAGGGAGCCUCCAUAUCUGUCUACGCUGCAGCUGCCUCUGAGAUGGAGGGGGUGGGUGGCUGUUACCUGUACAACGGCGAGAAGACAAAGUCCUCCGAUAGCUCCUACGACUCUGAGCUACAAGCUGAGAUGUGGAAAAAGAGCUGUAAACUUGCAGGUAUUUAGAGAGCCUGACCCUCACAGGUGGAAUAGUUCCAUACCUCCACACCUUUU